AUUUCACAAAAAAGGGAAAAGGGGAAUGGGAAAAAAUAAAUUGCCCCACUAUCUAACUUGACAUAAACGCCACUAUCCCCAACAAACCCACCACCCUUUCCCACUCUUUUGGCCCUAACAGAUCCUCCCAGGCCGAUGGAACCCCUUCGCUCAAAAUCCCCUGUAGUUCUUCUUCACUAAAAUCUCUGACACCCAAAAGCUUCUCUGCUGCUGCUAUUACCAAAUCAAUCUUCUGGUUUUUCCGUUCCAUCUGUAAGGUACAAUUAAUGACCAUAGAGACUUUCCUCACUGCCUCAGCAUGACACUUUCUACACUGCUCGAACCCUGGCAAACUCAAACGGACUCUCUUGCACCGGACAUUUUUGAGCCCCAGCAACAAGGGCAUCCGCACAAUUGACACACAGCUCUUUUCACCGAAACUACACACAAGUCAAGAUGUUUUAUGCGAAUGUUCUUUUCAGCCAUAAUAUUAGAAUAUAGUUAAGUCUCAUGAGGCUCGAUUUCAUUUUUAAAUGUUCUGGGUAAUGUCUGAAGACCAUCACCAAAGAACAAUUUGUGUCAUCACAUUGACUAAUUAUUCUCCAGACCGGACCAGACAGUGAGACAGGCGGAUAGCAUCUCGAUUGCUAAUGUCUGACGGUGUAUUGAGCGAUGCAGAUGCUGUCCCUGAUACGGGCGCCUGUCGUUUGAAGUCGGUCGAAACUCCAACAACCAAUACAGGUAGAACCAUGGACAAAUCCUGUAAAAAAUGGUCAUGUGAUGUGCGUGGGUGAGGAGGAAAGCGGGUAAGGAGAUGGGCUGCACCUCGGCCAAGCAGGUGUCGGCCGUGUCCAGUGGUGAGGAGGGCCGCAGUAAAGCCUACAGCAAUGGGGACCUUCUUUCUGAGGAGUACAAGAAAGGAGUGGAAAAGGUCAAGUAUAUCAAUGGAGAAGAGGACAGACUGAACACCUGCAACCAGGACAGCACGACUGCCCUGCUCACCAGGGUCCAACACACAGAUGACACAGGAUCAAAUGGCAAUGGGAAGACACAUAUCCAUUCUUCAGAGAGCCAGCAAGAGUUCUUCAGGAUGCUGGAUGAGAAGAUAGAAAAGGGGCAGGACUACUGCUCAGAGGAAGAGGAUAUGACAUAGCACUGAGGUCCGCUAUCUGCUCCCCUGAGAGGAAGGAUUUGUCCAGUGGAGGCUGGUGUCAUUUCAGCCAUUACAAUGAGCCCGUCCUCCAAUUUCUCCCUCCACCCGCCUCCACUGGAUUUUUCCAAUGGCAUGAACCUUACCCAAUGGCCCGCUUCCUUUUGGACUGGCCCAUUUUGUGGAUGGAGGGUGAGACACAUUGACCCAAACCAAGCACCUUUGCCUAGCCCACUGUUUAUAUCUAUAACCCUGUCACCCCGUAACAGAUGUAUGAGUCCAUUGCAACAAUGUUUGGCUGGGACUACUUCCAAGCACCAGGCCUAUGAUUCUGAACAACUCUCCAAGUCUGUCGUCAUGGUUACCCUGGACACUAAGUACAGCAGCUGCUCUAGACUCUGUGACUGUGGUCCAUUAAAAGACACCGGAGUUCCAGUCAUUUUGAACCCAUGGAUUGACUAAAGCCACUACAAAUAACCAUGAUGGACUGGUGGUAUCGGUCUCAAAGAACAUUUGUCAUUCCUUAUCUGAUUCUGAUUGGAUGAUGAACAGUGGAGGUAAUGGGGAGCAUUGGAAAAUGAAUCAGGGUCGUAUUCAUUAGGCACCAAAUGGAAGAAAACGGGCUGAAACAGGGAGGGACUUCCAAUAAGAAACGGCAGUUGACGUUUUCCAUAGCAAAAAUGUUUUUCUACGGUGUGCCCUAAUGAAUGCGAUCCAGGUGGCUGAAACUUUGAGCAUUGCAGAUAGAAACAUUAAUACAGCUGCCGAUGCUCCUAUCAUUGCAUUAUAUAAUUUAUUCUCUUAUCAGUGUCUCUCUAUGUCGUGUAUUUAUAUCUGCAAUGUUCCAAGCGUGCCACCCCAAUGAGCACACCCUUGGAGGGGAAACCGGGGUUACUUCCUGCAUUCCAAGACACUUUUUGAAUCUUCUUUUCUAAAGUAUGUUCAUAUGCGAUUCAUAGUCUGUCUAUGUCUACUUACUUCACCAUGUAGGGUCUUCUUAUUUAAUGUUAAUGCUCAGGGUUGAAGUGUUCUAGUCAUUGUCUUUUGUAGUCGAGCCUACCUCUUCAUUAGGCUUUGUUGCACCAUUUGUGCACACACUCACACACACACACACAGUUAUUUCCCUCGCACCCUACUGUCAGUAUCUGUUCUUCUUACCUGUUAAUAAGACCACAUCAGUGUUAAAUCUACAGGCAGUAUACUGUAUUAGGAGCAUAGUCAGAUCAUGUAAUAGUCUUCGCAUUUGUUGUCAUGGUCAUUUUUGUGUGCUUGUUUUUCAUGUUCAAAUGUUUUUUUUUUUAUAGUCAAAUAAAAAACAG